UUGACUGGGGGUCGAAUGCUGGCAAGGUUCUUCCGGUUACCUGACUUCGUGGUAAAGAUCUGCAUACGACGGAUUUAUUGGAGGUGGCUGUUUGAGCUGCUGUCUCGUCCUGCGGAGGACGGGGGGCCCUCGGGCCACGCCACACCCUCCGAUGACAGGAGUUUGUCAUCAGAUGAUGUUUCUCUCAGCUCCCAGUCUGACGAGAGCCUGAGUGCCAAGGUGGAGAGGCUGACAAAGAAGCUGGAGGAGCGACGGGAACAGAAAAGGAGAGGAGAAGAGGAGAACCAGAUAAGGAAGGAGGUGGAACGGAGGAAGAUUGGCAAGGAAAUGCUGGACUACAAGAAGAAGCAGGAGGGUGAGCGCACCAAGCGCAUGCUGGAGGAGCGCAACCGCGAGAAGGCGGAGGAGCAGGCGGCACGGGAGCGUGUGCGUCAGCAGAUAGCACUGGAUCGGGCAGAGAGAGCGGCUCGUUAUGCCAAGAGUACGGAGGAGGCGGAGGCAGCGAAGGUGGCAGCGCUGCAGGCGGCGAAGGCGGAGCAGGAGGCCCGGAGGGAGGUGCUGCAGAAGGAGAGGAGUGCUGUGGCCCGGAUACAGUUCCGCCUCCCAGACGGCUCUUCUUUCACCAACCAGUUCCCCUUGGAGACGAGGCUGCAGGAGGCCAGGGAGUUUGCUGCCCAGGAAGUAGGGAACCGGUACGGAAACUUCUCCCUGGCCACCAUGUUCCCGAGGCGGGAGUUUACACGGGAGGACUUAGACCGGACCUUGCUGGAGCUGGAGCUGGUUCCCAGUGCCUCAGUGGUGCUUCUCCCAGUGGGCCGACCUGCCAACACAGUGGUGCCCUCCUCGGCCGGGGGCUUUUGGUCGGUGCUGGGCACCAUCUUUUACCCCCUGCUAGCGCCACCGCGCCACGGACCUUCCACCGUAUCGUCUGGCGAAGCAAAAAGGGAACCCAUUUGCAAACGAGUUUUGGAAAAGCGAGCAGAUGACUUCAAAAAAGAUGGGAAGAUCUACAGACUGAGGACGCAAGAAGACAGUGAGGACGACAACAACACCUGGAAUGGCAACUCCACCCAGCAGAUGUAGCUGGCUGGCCCUCAACACUGUGCAAUAACCAGUCUCUCUCUUGCGCUCUUUCCCUCUCUCUCUCCCAUUGGUGGAAACUGCUUACUGGCCGCACGGUGCUCCAAUACACUCACGCCCCGGGCGUCACCUGCAUGGGCACUUAUUAUUGAGUCGUGCCCAGUAGCUUAAACUCCGCCUCCAUAUCUUGUCAUCGUUUUGUGUUUGUGGACUGAGCUGGUCUGGAGCGCUGACGUAUCCUGGCCUGGAGACCGUGGCUGUGGGUCUAUCAAUUGGAGUGCUUGCCUGACCAUGUGACCUGCUAACAGCAUAUCGUA